GAAGUCGCUCCCCACCCCGGCUCGUCGCGUGGCCGGUCGGCGGUGACGCAAUCGGCGUGCGCCGCGUCGCGCAGGGCCGCUCUGCUUCCCCCCUCCCCUAAUCGAGCGGCGACUCUAUGGUCCGCGAGGUGCAACGGACACCCGCUGGGGAUGAGGUCCCAGCCCCGGCCAUGGCUGUGCUGAGCCCCGAGCGUCGCCGCGCCUCCGACAUCGUGCGCCUGCUCGCGCUCUACCGGCCCCUGCUUGACGCCUACAUCAUUGAUUUCUUCGCUGAGGGGCUCUGGGGGUGUCUCCCCCCGCUCUGGCAACCCCCCCUGGCCGCUGCCACCCCGCAGCAGCUGGCAAAGCUUUUGGGGGGCUCGGGAGGGCUGGGGGGGGGGCCGGGGGGGCCUUGGCCCCUCUCCCUCUUGGCUUUUGCCGCUGCCACCCGCGCCCUGGCUUUUCCUCGGCGCCCCCCCGGCCCCCCCACCCACCUGCCCCCCCUGCUGCGACGCCACCUCAAGCCCAAAAAGCAGCACGAGGUACAGCGCCUGGCCAAGCUCCUGUGGCUACUGGCCAGGGCCACCAGUUGCCACCGCGUGGUGGAUGUGGGAGCAGGACAGGGCCACCUCUCGCGCUUCCUGGCGUUCGGGUUGGGGCUCUCGGUGACGGCGCUGGAGGGGGACGCGCGGCUGGCGGGGCUGGCGGCCACCUUCGACCUCCGGCUGCAGCGGGAGCUGAGCAAGGGGGGGGCACCGAGGGGGGGGGCACCGAGGGCGGGGGGCUCCCAGAGCCCAGGCAGCAAGAGGCGCUCCCCCCGCGCCCCCCGGCACGUUGUGGGCCGUCUGGAUCCCAUCUCUCCGGGGGCUGAAUUCCUACUGCCCCCAGAGCCCCCCGACCCCUCGGCGGUCGCCCCAAACCCCUUUUGGGGCCCGGGGGGGGCGCGGGGGGGGCAGCGGGUGCUGGUGGUGGGGCUGCACGCCUGCGGUGACCUCAGCCCUGCCCUCCUGCGCCACUUUGCCCGCAGUCCUGCCGUGGCCGCUGUGGCCUCGGUGGCUUGUUGCCACAUGAAGCUGUCCACUAGCCACCACCAGCCAACAGGUCAACCUUUGGGCUACCCGCUCAGCUCUUGGGUAGCCACCUUACCGGGCCAUCAGCUUUCAUAUCGAGCUCGCGAAGCCGCUUGUCACGCGUUGGAAGAGUAUGAAGAACGUUUGGGCAAGGAGAGCGAUCGUUUGCGUGUCCAUUGUUACCGCGCCGUCCUGGAGAGCCUCAUCCGCGCCGCCAAGCCGGGGCUGAAGCAUCCGGCGGUACAGACAGUGAAGAAAGCGCACGCGCUCACCUUCGCUCAGUACGCCCGUCUGGGGCUGCCGCGCGUGGGGCUGGACCCAGACACCGUCCCACUGGAGUCAGAGGAGGUGAGGGCCAUGUUGGAGCAGCAGCACAAGGUGGUGGCUUUCUUCACGCUGACGCAGCUGCUGGCCCCGCUGGUGGAGACCCUCAUCCUGCUGGAUCGCCUGCUCUUCCUGCGGGAGCAAGGUUUCCAUUCUGCCCUCAUUCCCCUUUUCGACCCCCGUUUCUCCCCCCGGAACCUGGCACUGGUGGCUGCGCGGACACCGCUGGACACGGUACUCUCAGGGCUGAAGGACAAUAACGAGGAGCCGGGGAGAACGAAAGCCCCUGGAGAUGGACAGAACCUCCCACCCCAAUAA